AUGUCAUCCGCAGCACUCAAGUUCCGUAUCUUCACACGACCAAUUGUCCGAUCAACACCUAUCUUCCGCAACACCAUCAGAAUGUCUUCCACCAACGAGUACGGACAGGGCAAGUCCCACGCCCAGGGUGACUCUGCCGUCCCCGGCAAGGUCCAGGAGGCAGCUCCCUCAGGUCUCGAGGAGGCUCUUCCCGACUCUGUCCACCCCACCGGCGGCAAGGCUGACCAGUCCACCUCCAAGACUCACGCAAAGGAUGGCGGUGAUGCCUCUAUCGUCCCCAAGAAGAUUCAGGAAAUCCUUCCUGAGUCCGUUGAGCGCGCUGUUCCCAAUGCGAUUCACGACACUGGCGACAAAUAA